GGCUAGCGGCAUUGCUGGUGCGGAUCUUUCCAGCGCGCCGUACGAUGCGGACACGGCGUACGCGCCGAGUUUACCCAGCGACACGAUGGAAGUCUUAUCCAUGGCCCAAGACGCUCCAAAAUGGAUGCACGAGAUUGGGGGGAGUUUAGACACCUGCCACCCGCUAUCAAAUGCAAAAAUGUCUCCAACUGGGUCUGGAAAAGUCGAACUUGUAAUGCGUGUCUUGCGUUCGCGGAAAUAAAUCUGUGUUGCAUGAGCAGCAAAUAAAGAGAAGCUUUCUUUGUCAUGCAAAAACGCAAUUUGUAAUGCGUGGUAGGCAUGAUCAGCAGGCGUCUCAAAUAAAACUUGUCAUGCUUGGCUGCCAUUGGAAGCGCUUCACUCAUCCACAUUUUGGCAUCACAAGUUUCCAGACCCAGACAUUUUGCACUUGAUACCCGCUGCAUGUCCAGGCCGAUCCAAGGCAGGCGCUGAACGUGAUUCUCGCGCCGAGCGGGUUUUGGCUUCCGGGGCACCCCGACUACAUUGAGGGCGUGCAGGACGAUACGGACCUGUGGAAAGAUACCGUGGUGAAGAUCUACGACUUUGCGAUCAAGCACCGACCGUACGACCCGCGGGAGAACAUUUUUCUGAAUUUACUUCUACGUGAAAGCCGCCCACCCGGAGGACCAAAACGUCUUCUGCAGCUUCUCGCCCGAUUAUGGGAGUGCACAACUCCCCCUCGUCCCCCUCAUUUGAAGGGCAUAAGCAGCAACACAAGUGCUGGCAUAAUCAUAAAUGCAGCUUUUGCAUGACAAAUUAACUCGCGAGCGACUGUAAUGCUGUUUCGGCUUCCGAAACCUGUCAUGCAAGAAGUGCCAAAGAGGAACGGCUGGAUUUGGUAUCUUGCAUGACAAAUCAGGGGGAGGGGGAGUUGUGCACUGUCAUACCGACGAGCCGCCGUGGAACGAGCUGCCCGGGUGCUACGAGUACAACGAGCAAACUAUGCAUUGCAAAUAUGUCUGGGUCUGGAAGGAUGCAACUUGUGAUGCGCAUAUCAAAACACGCAAAAAUCUCUCAUGCAUAGGCAGCAAAACUUGCCCACUUUCUGUUACCAAGAAAAUGCGGCAUUUGUCAUGCGGAUUCGGCAUUGCGGAAGCGGAAGCUUGAGCUUCUCGAAACCUGUGAUGCUAGAGCUUCCAUCCUAGACCUUCUGUGUCAUGCAAAAGUAGCAUGACUUUUCCAGACCCAGACAUAUUUGCAUUUGAUACAAACGAAGAAGUGGCAAUACGCGGGCAAGUGGUGCCGGCCGACCGCUCCGCCCGACGCGAACGGGCAGUACCCUCCGGGCAAGGAUAA